CACACUCAACGAGUCAUUGAGGUCAGUGAAAGAAACCAUCUUAAUUGUGAGCUGCAGCCUGCAAUGGGUAGACCUCAGCCUAGCAAUGCUCAGCCUGCAGCCAUGCAGCUUGGCCAUGGCAGUGAGGCUCAGCAUGCGAUGGGCUCUCCGGUGCAAUUCCCUCCGGCUGUGCCGUACACUCCACCGUCGAACAACGAUACUCCGCAGCAACUACCGACGGUCAUGGGUAACACUCCAGCACCGUACCCUCCUCUGGUAGCACCAUAUCCUCCACCACCAGCUACCAUGCCACAGCAUCCUCCAGUUGCCACCGGCACCCCGGUGUCAUUCCCUCCGGCAGGGCCGGUCAUACCCCAACAACAUAUGAAUGUUGGUGGCUCUCCAUAUCCUUUGAAGGUCGGGAAUCCAUGGACAACGGGCCUUUUUGACUGUGACCAGAAUUCGACUAAUGCUGUGAUGACGGCCUUCUUCCCUUGUGUCACGUUCGGGCAGAUUGCUGAGAUUUUGGACGAGGGGCAAACCAGUUGCACUCUGGGCAGUUUCAUGCAUGGUUUGCUGUUGCCAGUUCUUGCCUGCUCUAUCUUGGGCACCAGUUACCGGCAAAAGGUGAGACAAAAAUACAACCUGGUCCAGGCUCCAGCGGAGGAUUGGAGUGUCCAUCUCUUUUGCCCAUACUGUGCCCUUUGCCAGGAAUACAGGGAGCUCCAAAACAGAGGAAUUGACCCUUCAAUAGGUUGGAUGGGUUACCUUGCUCAGCAACAAGAAGCAAACAUGAUUCCUCCCAUGGUGCACUCCAUGAAUAAGUGAAUCCCAAGAAACAUAUUCGCGAGCAGUUGUUUUAUUUUAUUUUUCUUGUAAUGUGUUUUUUGUUUUCCUUUCAACUUUUAGUCUACUAUGCAAGUAUUUGUGCAUCAGUCACAUCGAGUUGAUUCUGUAUGCAUCAGUGCAAGUGUUUGCUGUUUAGUAUUCUAGUUCUCAAUAUCUUGCCCUACUAGUCAUUGUGAAUAUUCUGAGUUGGAAUUUGCCUACUUUGAUUGAGUUCAUUCUUGUUUCCUACACCUGUUGCAGUAGCCGCCAUCAGAAGUUUAAAUACUAGCAAUUUUACAAAUUUUGUCUGA